GAAAACGGGAUUUCAGUCAAAAAUGUCGGUUAAUCUGCGGUCAGUUUAUGCGUUUGCUAGGGAGUAUCAUCCGAAAAAGGAGAACCAAAAGGACAUUCAGUACGGAACGGCAGGCUUCAGAUCGCACGCCGAUAAUCUGGACUACGUUAUGUUCCGCAUGGGAGUGCUCGCGGCUUUGCGGUCACGUGCGAAGGCAAGCCAAGCGAUUGGCGUGAUGAUAACUGCCUCGCAUAACCCGGCCCCCGAUAACGGGGUAAAGCUAAUCGAUCCACACGGGGAAAUGCUCGAGCAAAGCUGGGAGCGGUUAGCUACCGACCUGGUGAACGUAAGCGAUAGCGACCUGGUGGCGCAGGUGGCCAAAAUCUGCGAACAAGAAGCGAUCGACAAUAAUGCGGCCGCCCGGGUUUUCGUGGGCAUGGACACGCGCUACCACAGCCCGCAGUUAUCGCGCUCGGUAAUGAACGGAGUAAUGGCGGUGAAGGGAAUGGUCCAAGAAUUUGGUAUCGUGACGACACCGAUGCUGCACUACUUUGUGACGUGCGCCAACACGCAGCACGCGUACGGAUUGCCAACGGAGGAAGGCUAUAUGGGCAAGCUGAUGGGUGCCUUCCGGGCGCUGCGUGGAGAUGCGAGCGGCCAGCACGGAAACUACCGUAGUCAGCUGUUCUACGACGGAGCGAACGGUGUGGGAUCCCUGAAAAUGCUCGGAUUCAGCAAAAAAAUCCAGGACGCUCUGCAGGUGAAGGUGUUCAAUAGCGAGGGAAAUAUCAAUUUCCGAUGUGGGGCCGACUUCGUCAAAACAAACCAUUGCGCUCCGGAUGGAUUGCCAGAAGCCGCCGUUCCGGGCGGACGUUGCGUGUCGGUUGAUGGUGAUGCCGAUCGGAUUGUUUAUUACUUCACAGACAGUGAGGGAACGUUCCACCUGCUCGACGGUGAUCGGAUAGCGACACUGUUGGCUGGAUACCUGAAAGAGCAGAUCGAACAGUGCUGCGUUCAGAUGAAGAUGGGUUUGGUGCAGACAGCCUACGCGAAUGGUGCAUCGACGGAUUACAUCGUGAACCGGAUGAAAAUACCUGUGAGCUGUACAAGGACCGGUGUGAAGCAUUUGCACCAUAAGGCGCUCGAGUACGAUAUUGGUGUGUACUUCGAGGCGAACGGACACGGCACGAUCAUCUACAGUGAGCGGGCCAAGGACAUGAUUCGAACGGCGAGCAACGAUCAGCAGCUGACCGAAGAGCAGCGUCAAACUGCCGAUCGAUUGUUACAAUUUAUGGAUCUGACCAACGAAACGGUAGGCGAUGCCAUUUCGGAUAUGCUGCUGGUGGAAACGGUGCUGCACGCCAAGGGAUGGAGUCUUGAAGAUUGGCUCGGCAGUUACACCGACCUGCCGAACGUUCUGGAGAAGGUGUAUCUAACCGAUAGGAACGUGAUCACCGUUACGGACGCGGAUCGGAUCGUUGUAACCCCUGCUGGACUGCAGGAAGCGAUCGACGAGAUUGUGAACAAGUUUCCGAAGGGCCGAUCUUUUGUACGACCUUCGGGAACGGAAGAUAUCGUGCGGGUGUACGCAGAGGCAGACACACGUGCAAAUGCCGUGCAAUUGGCCCAUGAGGUGGCUAACCUUGUAUUCGACCGUGCCGGCGGUAUCGGUAGCCGUCCGCAAAAAAUGGCAAUCUAGUAGAUUGGUCGCACAAAGACGUAGAGAGAGAAUUCUGGGCUUCAUCGUGUGCUACUAUAACUGCCAAAUAAUCGAAAUUAUUCACAAUUGAUCGCUAUCGCAGGCAAUCGUAGACGGUGCUAGAGAUUUUAGAGAUUAUGAUUUACGGCAACAUUUAAGGCACAUGGCUAGGUUAGAGAUCAUUUAUUUUUAUA